AUGGAAAGGAAAAAGCAGGAUUGUGUGAUUAAUAUUGACAAUGGCACUGAAGGUCAAAAUAUAGACUGCAUUGGUGAUGUUGAACUUGGGUUAAAGGAAUCAAACCAAAAUUUAAGAGGAAUUAAUAUUUCUGUUAAUGAAGACAAUAAAAAACUUAUCAGUGAACCAAUAAAACCGUCUAAUGAUAAAUUGGAAGAAGAACCUUCAAAUAAUGAAACGAGAAAAGUUUACAGUUUUCAAUUUAUUUUGUUAUUAUUGUCAUUUAUAAAGUCUUCCAUCAACAAAACAAAAUUAUUUUGGAUUGUAGCAAUUUAUACCUUAAUUGGAGCAAAUUUGUUUAUGUGGUUAGAAAUACCUUCAGAUUUGGAAAUUAGGGAAGAAGCAAGGGAUUAUCAUCUGGUGAGAGGUUUUUUCAAUUGA